GGAGCCUCUUCUUGCUGCUCUUUUUCACAGGACUCGGUCCCUCAUCAGCCCAGUCUGGGGGGCAACAAGUGCAAGGAAUCAUGGGAGAAUCUUUCAAAUUUCCUAUCCCAGUGUUUAAUACUGGCUCCCUGUCAUAUGGAAAUCUUGGCAACAUAGUCAUGGUUGUUGGAGGGACAGCUGCAUUAAAUCUGAAGGAGAAUUUUAGAGACAGACUGCAGUGGGACAAACAGACUGGAUUCUUCACCAUCACUGAGCUGAAACUACAGGAUGAAGGACAAUAUAAAGUGGACAACAGUGAUGGACAGAAGAUCCUCACCACCUUCCAGCUGACAGUGUACAAGCGAGUGUCCAAACCCACAGUGGACACACAGAACUGCUCAGUACUGUGUUCGGUGGAGAACGACAGAGAUGUGACCCUGUCCUGGACCAGAGAGAAGGAGAUCCUGAACAAGACCAGCAGUCCUCAUCUCAAAACCACCCUGUCUCUCCGUCUGGACAUAGAAAAACACCCAGAGACUUACUACUGUGAAGCAAAGAACCCAGUGAGCUCAGAGCGCCUUCGAGUGGACAGUGAGGAACACUGCGCUCCAACUGCAGGGACCGAUGACAGUAAGAGGUCGUCCAUCGUCGCGGGCUCUGUGAUCGGUGCUCUACUGGCGCUGGGAAUCCUUGCUGGCGUUGCAUAUUGCCUGAAGAAGAAGCCGAGUCCACGGGCAGAAGGCAGGUAUUACCGGUGUAAAUUUCACAGCAUCAUGCACAUUUGUGUACUAUGUGACUAA